CAAGAAAACGCUGAUGGUCAGUUAUUAUCCAUUGAAAACUCCAUCGAUGAGUGGCGUGAGAAGAAAAUCCCGCCAAUAAAGUCGCACCGCGGUGGCACGCUGUUUCGGUGUUGUUUGCCUUGUCGCGGGGGCUCCUCAGCCCCCGCUGCAAACCACCAAAAAAGCAACACGUCGACAAUUGAUGACCACAUUGUCGACUAUGCCACCGAGGACGAAGCAUUAACCAACAGCACUACCGAGCUAUAUCACUAUCAGCAACAGCAGCAACUACAAUCAUCUAACCUUCUAAGCACCACCGCAAACAGCAAAAACAACGGUAGUAAUAAUAGUAAUCAACUAGAAUCUCUCGCCGAGGAGACACAAGCAUUGAACCCAGAACAGCAACAACAGCAGCUGCACCAAUCGCAAUCAGGGCAGCAGCUCAAGUUGCCCCAUAUCGAGGAGGAGGAAGACGAUGAGUUUGAUAUUGAUGUCGUGCGCUCGUUGACCCCGUCGCCGAAAAUCAGUAUCAGUCGCAUCAAGAUUAAAUCGAAGGCGAAAUCAAUCGCGUCCGCGAGCAACGCGAGCACCACCGCAGCAGCACUAGCAGCAGCGGCCGCAGCAACAACCAGCGAUUUAGAAUCCAGCAGCAGCAGCACCAACAUCUCGUUAUCGGCGAGUAAGAUGCAAGCCGAACAAGGUUCGAUUGGCGAUCUGCAGAAGUACCACAGCCGGUACCUGAAGAACCGACGACACACGCUGGCGAAUGUGCGGUCAUACUUUCUCAUGAAAAAAUAAAUAAGACUAUCGUCGAAUAAAACCACAAGGUACAGAUACAGGAUCUCAAAUAAAUUCUUGAAAAAACAUGUGUUAGCAGCCAAGCCGAAUACAAC